CUUGUGAUUGUGAGGAGGCUGCAGCCUAUCCAGACGCUGCCGACCGGACGAGUGUGGACUCCUCUCCACAUUUACAUUUACAACAUUUACAACUCUGCAUUUGUUGCUCUCUGCUCAGCUGCGCCUUGAGUUUAGUUUGAGGGCGUUUGAAAGAAGGAAACCCUCUCUUUAAUUGCAGUUUUUCACCAUUUCUUCAAUGAGUACAUUUGGACGUGGUCUCCUUUAAAACUCGUAGUAGUCCAUCCAUUCUUCCAAAUGCCUCGCCUGCCAGUCUCGCUUCGCAUGUGGGCAUAAGCCGAUGGUUUCAGCCCGCGUCCAGGUGGUUUACAGGAAGAGACUGCACGGGGAUUUAAAAAAAGAAGAAGCAUAUUUCUUAAACACCUCUUUGAAUUUUGGAAACGUGUCAUCGUUUUUUCUCUCCCUUCACAAUGGCUGAUGCAAAUGCAGAAUGCAACAUCAAGGUGUUGUGUCGAUUUCGACCCCUGAACCGAUCUGAAAUCAUCCGCGGAGAUAAGUUCAUCCCAAUAUUUCAAGGAGAAGACACUGUCAUCUUCGGGGGGAAGUCGUAUGUGUUUGACCAGGUUUUCCCAACGAACACCACCCAGGAACAGGUCUACAACACCUGUGCCAAACAGAUUGUGAGAGAUGUACUGGGUGGAUACAAUGGGACGAUCUUUGCCUAUGGGCAGACUUCCUCCGGAAAGACACACACCAUGGAGGGGAACCUUCACGACCCACAGGGAAUGGGAAUCAUUCCUCGGAUCGCUGAGGAUAUUUUUGAACAUAUAUUUGCGAUGGACGAGAACCUGGAAUUCCAUAUCAAGGUAUCCUACUUUGAGAUCUACAUGGAUAAAAUCCGGGACCUGCUGGAUGUGACAAAAACCAACCUUUCAGUGCAUGAAGACAAAUACAGGGUUCCUUACGUGAAGGGCUGCACCGAGCGCUUUGUCACAAGUCCUGAGGAAGUGAUGGAUGUGAUAGAUGAAGGAAAGGCCAGCCGUCACGUUGCUGUCACGAACAUGAAUGAGCACAGUUCCCGCAGCCACUGCAUCUUCCUAAUAAACAUCAAACAGGAAAAUGUGGAGACGGAACAGAAGCUGAGUGGGAAGCUGUACCUGGUUGACCUUGCAGGUAGUGAGAAGGUCAGUAAGACAGGGGCAGAGGGAGCGGUGCUGGACGAGGCUAAGAACAUCAACAAGUCUUUGUCGGCUCUGGGGAACGUCAUCUCAGCCUUGGCUGAGGGAACGAAAUCCCACGUGCCAUACCGUGACAGCAAAAUGACUCGCAUUCUGCAGGACUCGCUGGGGGGAAACUGUCGCACCACCAUGUUCAUCUGUUGCUCUCCCUCUAGCUACAACGACGUGGAGACCAAAUCCACUUUGAUGUUUGGCCAAAGAGCCAAGACCAUCCGGAAUACUGUGUCAGUGAAUCUGGAGCUCACAGCAGAGCAGUGGAAGAAGAAGUAUGAGAAGGAAAAGGAGAGGAACAGAUCAAUGAAGGAGACUGUUCAGAGGCUGGAGGCUGAGCUGAACUGCUGGAGGAACGGUGAGAAUGCUGUCGUUUUGGAGCAGUUGAGUGAGGGAUCAGAAGAUGCUCCACUGGUGCCUGAGACUGAGGAGCCGGUUCUUGACAUCUGCAGUCCAUGCACCCCCUGCACCCCCUGCACUCCAUGCUCCAUCGCGUCCUCGAUUGUGGUUCACAUUUCUGAGGAGGAGCGGCAGAAGUACGAGGAGGAGAUCCGGAAGCUUUACAAACAGCUGGAUGAUAAGGAUGGUGAGAUCAACUACCAGAGCCAGAUGGUGGAGAAGCUGAAGGAGCAGAUGCUCAACCAGGAGGAGCUUCUUGCAUCAUCCAGGGGUGACAGUGAGAAGGUGCAGUCAGAACUCGGCAGGCUGCAGACAGAAAAUGAAUCUGCAAAGGCGGAGGUGAAGGAGGUCCUGCAGGCCCUGGAGGAGUUGGCUGUCAACUAUGACCAGAAGAGCCUGGAGGUUGAGGAGAAGAGCAUCCAGAACAAGCUCCUGGCUGAGGAGCUUGCAAAGAAAAUGAGUCACCUGAUGGCAUUGGAGGCAGAGCUGUCCCGUAUCCAAGAAGUGAGCAGCCACCAGAGGAAACGCAUCACUGAGAUUCUCAACGGGCUCAUGAGGGACUUGAGUGACUUCAGCACCAUCGUUGGAAACAAGGAUAUCAAGCUGCCCAUGGAGAUUACCGGUACGAUCGAGGAGGAGUUCACUGUGGCUCGCCUCUACAUCAGUAAGAUAAAGUCGGAGGUGAAGUCCAUGGUGAAGCGCUGCCGCCACCUGGAGAACCUGCAGAUGGAGUGUCACCGCAAGAUGGAGGAGACGGGGAGAGAGCUGUCCUCAUGUCACCUCCUCAUUUCACAGCACAGGGCCAGGAUCCGCUCUCUGACUGAGUACAUGCAGAACGUGGAGAUGAAGAAGAGACAGCUGGAGGACAGCUACGACUCUCUGAGUGAGGAGUUGGCCAAAGUCCAAGCACAAGAGAGUGUGUCACGGAUGACCAGGGGGGAGAGUGAAAAGUCGGUCCAGGAUUACUGUGAUAUAAAGAGAGUUCUGGAGCAGCAGAUGGAAUCGCACCGUGAAAUGCACUGCAAACAGCUCGGCCACCUGCGAGACGAGAUCAUUGAGAAGCAGAAGAUCAUUGACGAGUUAAACGACUGUAACCAGCAGCAACAGCUCGAGCUGGAGCAACUGCACGUUGACUUUGAGUGUCUCAGGAGCCAAGAACAUCACAAGAGCCGCCAGCUGGAGGAACUGACAUUUCUUAAUGAGCGGCAUGAACAGUCGAAGCAGGACCUCAAAGGGCUGGAGGAGACGGUUGCUCGAGAGCUCCACACCCUGCACAACCUCCGCAAGCUUUUUGUGCAAGACCUCACGUCUCGAGUUAGAAAAAGUGCAGGGAUGGAGCACGAUCAUACUGGAGGAUACAUCACCCAGAAACAGAAAAUUUCCUUCCUUGAAAACAACCUGGACCAGCUUACAAAGGUCCACAAACAGCUGGUACGUGACAAUGCAGACCUUCGCUGUGAGCUUCCAAAACUGGAGAAACGUCUUCGGUCUACAGCUGAGCGAGUUAAGGCCCUGGAGGGUGCACUGAAGGAGGCAAAAGAGGGAGCCAUGAAGGACCGCUGCCACUACCAGCAGGAGGUGGAGCGAAUCAAAAAUGUGAUGAGGACCUACAAUCCCUUCCGCCGGCCCCAUGCUGCACAGAUUGCCAAGCCAGUGCGUCCUGGUCACUACCCAUCCUGCUCCCCCAACAAUCCAUUCUUCAUCCGGGGCUACAACGAUCACCCCGUUGCCUUCUCCGCCGCUGUUUCCCACAACAGCAACAACCAACAAGCAGCUGCUCCUGUUAGUCCUCCAGCGCCAAAGAGUGAGAGCCGCUUACCUGAGGCCAACUCCAACCAGAACAUCCCCGUCAAACAGCUCGUCUCGCAAAACGACGAGCUGCGUGACAGCAAUGCUCAGAACAACACACUUCCAGCUGAACCAGCGAGCCAAGCAGACAACAGCACUGCAGAGAAGCUUGAUUCAGAAAAUGGAAACACCACUGACAUCAAUGACAACAGCAUGAGUCUGAAUGUGAAUUCUGUGCCCAGAACUGACGUCUGUGACAAUCAGGACCCAGCUAAACUGUACAGCCUGCAGCUGGACGCCUCAGCCAGCUAAUAGUCCUGAGCAGGCAGAUAUUUUUCUAAGGCCUCUUGUGUAAAUCUGCAUGCAGCUAAUCCACUCCUUCCAUACUCUCACUGCUGUACCUGAACUCUGUCUCUCAUCUCCCCUUUGCUCCCUUGGUUUGCUCCUGGCAAGCACUGCAUUGCAAAAACCUGGCAGCUCACACCCAUAUCGCUGCUGCACCCUCCAACACAUCACCUGGACUACAAAGAAAUGUCAUAUAGAAAGGGGGGAAAGAGACGGUGUUAUGGGUAACCACUGGCAGUGCUGUUUCAGAGCGGACACCAAACCGGUUCAUUAAACUGAAAUUAAUCUUUACUAUAAUUAUUCAACCUGAGUAUGGAUCAGCAAUGUGUGUUAAACAUGAAUAGUGUGGACUUUAGCCUCCCUUUAAUAAUAUUUAUAUGUUUGACUGUGCAUGUUGAUGUUAGUCUUCAGAUCGUCUUGGAAAAAUACACGAGAAAAAGGGAACACAAUAGUAAAUCAACCUUAUCGUCAAACAUUUCAGUCAAAACACCAGUGCAAACGAGUCAAAACUAACUUAGUCAUGUUUCUUUAAAGAAUUAGCAAUAUUCUGCAUGUUUGAUAUUGUCAGCUCAUUCCAUUACAAAUUCAAACACAAC